AUGUCACAGGAACCAACAACAAAGAAACAGAAAACUAAACCCUCAUCAGAAAAUGAUCAACAACCAUCUGCUUUAACAAUCAAAAAGGCUAAUGAAGUAUUUGAAUUCAUGAGAUCUAAAAGAUUAUCAAUUGCUGAUUUUGUUUCUGCAAUACCCUAUGUCUCUGGUAAUGGAAGAAGACAAGAGGUUAUUACCCAGGAAUUAUUUGCAAAUGAAGCUGUAUUGGAGGAUUUAUUAUUGAAAAAGAAUUAUGAUGUUGAUUUAAAACCUUUAACAAAUGUAAUUGGGAAGAAAUUAUUACAAGAAUUAAAGAACUUACAACAGAAUUCAUCAAUUUUUGGGAAAUAUAAAACAUGUCAAAGUAAGACUAAAGAUGAUUUAAUAUCUAGUUCUUCAACUUUACUUGAUUUAAAUUUUAAUUCUAUAGAGGGUAUUGAUAAAGAAGCACCAAUAUUAACAGAUUUAUUUAAACAAUUAUUAUCAAAUUCUUUAGAAAAUAAUACCCCAUCUACAAAUAUAUCGAAUGAUAAUGAUGAUAACAAUUCAAACGUUGAAAAAACUAGUCUACAUAAUAGAUUAAUACUUAUACUUUCAGUUUUAUGUUAUUCUAGAAAUAAAAAGAAGAGUACAAAUUUACCAAUACUUUUUGGAUUAUAUUUAAAUUCAUUAGGUCUUACAACUAAAAGAGGUUUACAAAUUUUCAAUAAAUUUGGUAUAACAGUUAAUCAAAAAACUAUUAAUGAUGUUUUAAAUGAUUUAAGUCGAUUAACUGAACAUGAAGAAAGAAAUAUACAAGUACAGCAGCAGCAGCAACAGCAACAGCCAGAAAAUAACAAUAAUGAUAAUAUAUAUCAUCAACUUCAGAGGAAACAAGACAACUUACAUAUAUCUGCAAGGGAAGAAUCUAGAAACAAAGAAAAUUCAGAUGCACUAGUUUUACCAUUUACACAAAAUAUUAUUAGUUCAACUAAUGAAUCAUAUAAAACAACAUCUGAAAAUACAUCUGCAUUGAAAAUUUCAGAUCAUGUUAAAUUUAAUCAAUUUUUCGAUCAAUAUACACAAAAUACAUAA